GGGUACACACAAACCGAGACAAAUUAAAGAGUUAGGGAGCAAGAGAGCGAGGCAGAGAGUCAUGGGUGGCUGGGCAAUUGCGGUCCAUGGAGGUGCUGGUGUUGACCCAAAUCUCCCACCCCAGCGUCAAGAGGAAGCAAAACAACUCCUCACUCGCUGUCUCAAUCUCGGCAUCUCUGCUCUUCGCUCCUCUCUUCCUGCCAUAGAUGUCGUCGAACUCGUUGUGCGAGAACUGGAGAGUGACCCCCUGUUUAACUCAGGGCGUGGGUCAGCCCUGACUGAAAAUGGAACGGUGGAGAUGGAAGCCAGCAUCAUGGACGGCACCAAAAGGAGAUGCGGAGCCGUAUCGGGUCUGACUACGGUGAAGAACCCCAUAUCACUGGCCCGCCUUGUCAUGGACAAGUCUCCCCAUUCCUACAUGGCUUUCGCUGGCGCUGAGGAAUUUGCCCGGCUACAGGGUGUGGCGCUGGUGGAUAACCAAUACUUUAUCACGGAGGAAAACGUGGGGAUGUUGAAAUUAGCGAAAGAAGCCAACAGCAUCCUGUUCGAUUACAGGAUCCCAACCGUUGGAUUGGAGACAUGCAGCGCGGGUGCAGCAUCUGUGGAAGCCGCGUUGCAGAUGAAUGGUCUUCCUAUCAGCGUCUAUGCACCAGAAACGGUGGGGUGCGUUGUAGUGGACGGAGAAGGGCGAUGCGCUGCGGGAACUUCCACCGGUGGCCUCAUGAAUAAAAUGAGCGGUCGGAUCGGUGACUCGCCUUUGAUCGGGGCCGGGACCUACGCCGGUGAACUUUGUGGUGUGUCUUGCACUGGAGAAGGAGAGGCCAUUAUUCGCGGAACCCUGGCUCGUGAUGUGGCGGCUGUGAUGGAAUACAAGGGCUUAGGCCUCCAAGAGGCUGUGGACUUUGUCAUCAAAGAGAGGCUUGAUGAAGGGAUGGCUGGAAUGAUUGCGGUUUCAAGAAAUGGUGAGGUUGCCUACGGGUUUAACACCACUGGAAUGUUCAGGGGCUGUGCCACUGAAGAUGGGUUCAUGGAAGUUGGUAUCUGGGAAUAAGCUUACCCUGUGGUUCGUUGAUGAUCAAUGAAGAUGCUUAAUUUCAUCUCAAUAAGGUGUAAUAUUAGGUAUUAAACCACAUCAAAUAAAUUGAAAAAAUCGAAAAUCGCCCAAUUUUCGUGGUACCAAGGCCUGAUGGUUGUUUCAAGU